UAACUUAAACUGAACACCCUGCAGUUUUGGCGGCCGCUGGGCAAUGGUCGCGUUGUCUGGCCGCGUUAUUCGCUUAAGAGACGCAAGUCAGGAUGUCUAUCUUGCUGGUAAAACGGGAAAGGCCUCAAAAUCAGUUGAAACAAAACCCGAAACAAACGGUCGUCAAAAGCAGCAGGAUGGAGAGGAUGCAAGGACGGAUUCACUCGAGCCAUUCGUUCGUACAAGUCCCCUGGGGGUGAUUAUGCUGGGAAUGGCUUGCAUCGGCCUAGUGCCCGUGUCUUUCAAUUGUCUGUAUAAGCCGCUUCUGUCCGUGCGUCGAUCCAGCCUGGUGUAUGCUGUGCUGUUGUCUUCCACAUUCUGCGCCUCUUACGCCUUCGUCUUGAAUGAACAGUUAGGACGUGUUCUUAAUCCGAGCACCAAUUGGGAUUCAAGGCUGUUCUCUUCGGAAGCUAUCCAGGCUUUGUUGCCUUGUGCUAUCAGCCCUUGGGUCUGGAUGUGUACAACUAAUUUCCGAAAAUUGAUGUGGGGCUUCGCGGAAUAUGAGCAAACAACGAAAAAAACUAUUUCCUCUGCUAUGGUCACAGAUAAACGUUAA